UUCAAGAUUCGAAUAAAACGUUAAGUUUAAAAUUUUGUAACGAAAAAAUUUUUAAAAAUGUACAGCUUAGUUAAUUCUAACUACAACAGAACAUAUAAUCCCAGAAGUAAACAAAAUAUUUUAUGCGAUAUAAAACGAUUGCUAACAUCCCGGGACACAGCAGCUCAAAGCAAAGCCUGCGGUUAUCUCAUCGAAGUUAUAAGCAAGUACAGCUGCAGUUCUAACGAAAGGAGCAGUAUAGUUCAAUAUUUAUUGAACAACGAUAUUACUGUGUUCUUAUGUGAAGCAACGUCUAACUUGGAUUUUUCGCUGUUUCGGUCAGUCGUCCACUGCAUGCGGCUGCUAUGGCGCGAAGGCAGCUUCUUCUCUGAUGACCACGCCGCCCACGCGCUGUCGGCGGUGGGGCGCGCGCUCGCCCACUACACCGCUGCCGAUGCGUUGCCUGCCGUCGAUGCUUGCCUGGAGUUUGUGUUUGAGCUACUCGACGGAGUCAAAACUAAUGGAACCACACCGCCCUUAUCCUAUCAAAGCGCUUACAGCACUGAACAGCUUUUGGCUUGCUUUACAACAUUAGCUGACAGGAUUCGAGGCAAACCCAACUCCAUAUUAUCCAGCGCUUUAGUGCUGCAUGCGUUAAUUUCGUACCAACCAGCUGAAUUAGAUCUCAAGGGCAGUGUGGCUAGAGGCCUCGCGGAGGUCUUGGAAAAGUGGUUCGAUUUACUCAUUGGGGGUCUAAAUCAUAUAGUACUUGUGGGAGAUGGAAGAGAUAUGGGAAUGCUGCUAGUUAUCACGUGCAAACUUGGUAUAGAUGUGCUGAGAUUUAUAGGAGUUUAUGAAAAAAGCAAAGAACCCGUUGAUUUUAUCAAUAAAAUAUUGAAAGACGAGCAAGAGGUCUCGGUACUAAGAGAAGGCUCUUUAAAACUUAGACGUAUGAUUCUACAUGCGAUGAACCAACUUGUGGUGUUUAUAAAGGACAACCUAGAUAUAACAGGUACUGAAGAAUACAGUAUAUUCCUUAAAUUUCUCCUGAAUUUCAUGUACGAAAAUUCAAAAACAGACGUUCUACCUGAUUUUUGUGAUAUUUUAUUUUCUAGAGGAUAUUUAAUAAUGUUACCUAAGACUCAAAUAAUGAGAAACAAUACAAUGGUACGUAAAGUUAGUACUCAAGUGUUAGGAGAAAUGCUCAAAAUAUUAGCAGCGAAAUAUUUAAUAGUCAAGGACAAUGAUAGCGUUGACUUUUGCAAGGAUAUUCAUAUGGGAUUAGUGGAGUUACAAUAUGGUAUUGAAAAGCCGCAAGAUAUAGGAUUGCAGCUACAAAAGAGUCAACCCUACAGUUUGCUGAUUUAUAUAUACUUCUAUUGCCAAUCUUCUGAGAAUCCACAAGAAUCCACAGCACCUUUGCUGCCUUUCCUAAUCGAGCACAUUUUGAGACUCCCCAAAUCUGUGAAACCUCCAGGAUACAUAAUAAAAGCACUUUGGCUGGUCUUUGCUAUGUCUACAGUAUCCAACGGCUCACUGAAUUCCUUGGAGCAAAGAAUUUAUUUAGAGAAGGCUACAGAUCGUAUUGUUGGGAUGUUACUUCCAGAACCCGAUAUAUAUUAUACACACAACCCCGCUUUAUUAUUUUGGUCUUUUACUUCGUUAAGAAUCCCCAACUCAGUCAGAUUACACGUACUAACACAGUGGCUUAAAACAGAGAAUACUUUACCAGAAGACUUGACACAGGAAUCUUCUGUUUGGGAAUUGCUUCUAAACGUUUUGAUACAAAGUAAAGACGAUUCAGUCGUAACAAACUGUAUGGAAGCUCUUAAUAUUUGCAUCGAAAGGGGAGAUGAAACGACUAAGGAAGAAUUCGCAACACUAACUUGGUCUUUGUUGCCUGAAGUCUUAUAUAACACUUUGAUUAAUCGUAAUGAAAUAGAAACAAACAUUUGCUAUUUACUGGACUUAGCAAUAGCAGAAAUGCCCUCCGAAAUAGAUCAAUCAUUGUGUUUAAAAGUAGCUGUACUCAUAGCGACGUUGUUCUCCAAAAAUACAGUAGAUUGCAAAGAUGUGAAUAUCAAAUAUCACUAUGAAUAUGUUUGCUUGAAGCUAUGUUUACUACUUUUAGAUACGUCUACGAAACAAAAUAAUGAUAGAGUUUUACUCACCUACAUGCAUCGCGCAGGGUUUUUAGUGAGUGUUCUAAAAGCUACCAACAGUUCCGAUGACAAAGUCGCUUGCACGUCUCUACAACUCCUCACUUGUAUAAUUUAUUGUUUCACCAAGAAUAACUACAAACCAAACACUGUCCUCGAGCUACAAACUGAUCUGAUAAUAAAAUCUCUUAGACAAGACAAUGAAAAUGAACGCGGGUCCUCUCUCUUGCAACUCGUUCACUUAAUUCUCAGUUCUGGGACAAACACACCAAUAGUCCUCACGUAUGAGUUACCCAACCAACCUUCAAACAUGCAGCAAAGUCGAGCAUUGCGGGCACUGAUGUUUAGAAUACAGUUGAUGGUGUGUUGUAGGGAUUCGGAAACUCAAGCGUCGGAGGGCUGGAAAACUUUGAACUCAAUUUUCAGACACGCAAUAAUGUACAAAAAUAACACAAAUUUGGUAGCAACACUAACUUCUCAGCCAUGGACACACACACUCAUCCGUUUUCAACUCACACAGAAUAUAACACAAGAAUUUCUAACUUUUGCUCAAAACUGGCUCAAUUUACUAAAGCUCACUCUUAAGGCGGGCAAAGAUGGAACUUACCACAUAUCAAAAUAUAGCCUUAUAGCGAAAACUAUGAACAUGUUGAAGAAAAAUUUGAAUGCUGAUGAAUUGAAAGAACCAAACAAAACUGUAAUAAGAAUUGUUAAUGAUAUCUUAAAUCUAUAAACUUAUAGACGGUAGAUAUAAAUGGAGUCAUUUAAAAUUAACAAUUAACAAGGAGUUUA